CAACCUGGGCUUUUGCCAUCCAAGCUGCCCGUUUGUCCAACGUUCAAAACGCCAGGGACAAAAUGCAAGUUACCGGCAGGUUUGACCGAGUAACAGGCAGGCUCUGUAACUCUGUAAACUUCCUGUUAUUACUGACAGGUAACAGAAGUCGUUAGCCAAACAUUACUAAUUUAGCAUUGCGGAUGAACGUUAGUCGAGUGUUCCUAACAAGUAUUCCUAACAAUAACGCUUAUGAGACGUUUUUUUUUCUUUUUCUUUUUUUUCUGAAACUUCACAAUAACAGGUCGCUAACGUGUCGUCAACGCGGGGAAAACACGACUAGUUAAACACAGUGUUGACCGAGCGGACGCCUCAGUCGGUAUCCUUAGACGAACCCCUGUGCUCUGGAUGAAUGAGAGGAAUCACGCUUCGGCGUCAACUUCAGUUCCUGCGAAUCCUGAAAAGGAAAAAUGCCAAACAGCCAUUCAAAACGUUGCGAGUCCUGAAGCAUACAUCAAGCACCCACUACAAAACAAGUGGGCUCUUUGGUUUUUCAAGAAUGACAAAAGCAAGACAUGGCAAGCCAACCUUCGUCUCAUCUCUAAAUUUGACACGGUGGAAGACUUCUGGGCAUUAUACAAUCACAUUCAGCUAUCAAGUAACUUGAUGUCUGGCUGUGACUACUCACUGUUUAAGGAUGGAAUUGAGCCCAUGUGGGAAGACGAAAGGAACCGACGAGGUGGCCGCUGGCUGAUAACUCUGUCCAAACAGCAACGCAAAUCAGACCUAGACCGGUUCUGGUUGGAGACGCUCUUGUGUCUUGUGGGUGAAGCUUUUGAUGACUACAGUGAUGAUGUGUGUGGAGCUGUCAUCAAUGUCCGAGCCAAAGGAGACAAAAUAGCAAUAUGGACCACAGACUACGAAAACAAAGAGGCCAUCACACACAUAGGGCGUGUGUAUAAAGAGAGAUUAGGCGUUCCGCCGAAAGUGAUCAUUGGAUACCAGUCACACGCUGACACAGCCACAAAGAGUGGUUCGACAACCAAGAACAAGUUUGUCGCCUGAGGACCGUUACCCAGAAUCAUCAAGCGUACUUUUUUCCUAUUACCAGCGUAGAUUUUCUGUAAUUUUUCCAUGAAUGUAACUGGUAUGUUUAUCCACCAACAAAAAUUUGAAGUGGAGAUAAAUUGU